AUGGAGGUCCUGCCAGCUGGGUUCUCCGACUUUCGGGACCGGGCCUACUGGAACAGCUUCUUUCAAUUUUUCGACAAGAAGAACUUCGAGUGGUAUGGGAACUACGGGGAUGUGCGGCACAUCGUCUACCGGUGCAUACGGGGGCGGCUGGGCUAUCUCGCCGGGGGGAGCCAUCCAGGUAGCCAACUAGAUAGCCAACCAGAUGGCCAACCGGACGGCCAACCGGAUAGCCAACCGGACGGCCAACCGGACGACCAGCCCGUUAGCAAAAACUGCCUGCUGAUCAACCUGGGGUGCGGGAACUCCCACCUGAGCCACGAACUCUUCCAAGACGGCUUCCGUAACAUCGUAAAUAUAGACUACUCAGAUGUGGUGAUCAAAAAAAUGAAGAAAAAGUUCGGAGAGAAAAUGCAGUUCCUAAAUAUAGACCUGAGCAACGCUAAGCAGUUUGACCGUGCCCUAGCCAAGUUAGAAGAAGAGGCACAGGAGAAAAGGGUAGAUUAUAAAAUCUUUUUCGACAAAGCGUUCCUAGAUGCAUAUAUAUCGUGCGAUCAAAAUGAGGAGGAGAUCUGCAGAAGGAAUGCCGAGAGUUACUUCUCCCUUGUCUUUAAGCAUUUGAAAAAGGGGGACCUAUUCCUUGUUAUCACUCUCGCCCAGUAUUAUAUAAUUAAGGAGGUGGUUCGUAACGUGUACAGGGAGCAAAUCAUGUUGGAGGUUUUCCCCUUUCUUAUAAAACAAAACACAAGCGAAUUUAAGUACCACCCCUUCGUAUUUGCCUUCUAUCGAACCGAUAAAGGGGGGAAAAAAUUCGAGGCAAAAAUGGUUAACCCAGAAAUGGGGACUAGCCAUGUCAUUUCGUUGUGGAAAUUACCCAGUGAAAUUAACGAAACGAGGGGGAAUUUAAAUCUUCAUAUUUUUAAAAAAGGGAAGAGAACUGUUCUAGACAUUUAUAAUAAGAAGCUCAAUAGGUGUGACUACAACGUGGUCGUCUACGACUCGUUCACCGAGAGAGCCACUUACAACACCGUCGUUGUGGUUGUCCCGUUUGGCUACGAGUUUCACUCGCUCUACCGCACACCGGAGGGGAACGAGGAGUUGGCUUCCAAGGCCCGGACCAGGCGGCUCCUCCUGGUGAUGCGGUCGAACUUUCUGGCCCCCCCCAGCCAGGUAAGCGGCAAAGAGGGAAGCGGUAAAGGGGGAAGCGGCAACAGUAAACUCCCCCCAAACCAACUUCUUCCCAACCAACUUCUUCCCAACCAACUUCUUCCCAACCAACUUCUUGAGAACCAACUUCUUGACAACCAACUGCUCCACAGCGAGCACUCGGUGGACGUCCUGCUGGAGUGCAUCAAAAAUGAGCUGAAAAACAUUUUGAACGAGGUGGCCCUCCCCGAUUCGGGCAACUUCCCCAUCAUGGUGCUAAACGAAAGCGUCAAGAACUGCAGAGUGGUUGCCCACAGGAAGUCUCCCUACGCGUCCGGCAUCAUCAUCCGGGACGUCCUCGUGACGGAGGAGUUCCUGGCGGAGCAUUUCGACUCGGACGGGGGGGGGAGCGGCAGAGAGGAGAGCGGCAAAGAGGGAAGCGGCAAAGAGGGGGGAAGCCAACCGCAGAGCCAGCACCCCGUGGAGGAAACCCUGCGAGCCCUCCUGCAGAACCAACAGGAGAGGCGCGCCUACUUUGAAGAGAAAAAAAUUUACAAACGGCAAAUGAUAUUUUCGUACGACCCGCUGACGGUGCAGUCCGAGCUGGUGUACACCCUGGGGGGGGAAAAGAAAGGGACAAAGAAGAAGAAAAAUGGCCAAGUGGUGAGCAAACCGGGGGGUGAAGCCAUAAGCCAAGUGGUGAGCAAAGCGGCGGGUGAAGCGGUGGGCCAACCGCUGUGCCCCGCGGGGGAGAGCCCCCACUUCGAGUACGUCGAAUCGGCGAGCCAGUACCACAUAAGCUUCUGCUGCAGCCUCUUCUUCCUAAUAAAUGACAGCCACAAGGAGGCCCCUCCCUCUUUCAACAUCCUCAUUUUGGGCGGAGGCACCAACGUCUUCUCGAACAUACUCAAGUCCAUUUUUGCAGAUUUCCACCUGCACAUAGACGUCGUCGAAAUUGACGAGACGGUAAAAUCUUUUUGCGCCCUUUUCUGUGAUGAACAGGUGGAGCAAAAUCAAAAGCACCAAACGAAUUAUAUUAUUAACGAUUCGCAAGAUUAUGUGAAGAAUUAUGGUAACUCUCAAUUUUACGACGCAAUUUUUCUGGACAUUAACAAUGCGCAAAAUUCGUAUGUCGAAAUGGAUGGGUACAAAGUGUACGUCACUUGUCCGCAGAUACAAUUUUUGGAUAAAGUCAACGUUCGGGAUGUUAAGCGUCUUUUGAAGAGCAAUGGGAUGCUUAUCAUUAACGUGUUGACGCGGGAUGGCACUGCGAGGAAACAUAUUCGCCGCUUCUUCCAGACGUUGUUCGCCUCCGUCAUUAGCAUCCCCUCCGCGAAUAAGGAAAUUAACGAAGUUUUGAUUUGCAGCUUGGAGGAUAUAACCCCUGAGAGGGUUUCCGCCUUCCAGGGGAGCCUCCUCGGAAUGAUUCGAGCAAACUACAACCGGUGGUUCCUAAAUUUCGACUUGAAGAACAUCCUCAACAAUGUCAGCGUUUUGUAA